AUGAGGGCCCUCACGUGGGUCCAAGAUGACCCCAUGGGUCACAAGGCCAACAUAGGGGUCAUCGUGUGGGUCAUGAGGCCAACAUGGGGGUCAGAAGGCCAACACGUGGGUCAUCACGCGGGUGAGACCAUCGUCACCGACAACUGCUCCACCAGAUGUCAUUGUCACCCCACGCGGGGACUCCUCUGCGAGGCCACCCAGUGUCCCCCCAAGGAGAUCUGCGUCCCCCAAAACGGCACCCACCGCUGCCUGAAGGCGGAAGGACGAUGCCGGGUGGGGCCGGGGGCCACCUUGACCACCUUCGAUGGGGCCGGGGGGGGGCUGGUGGCCAGCGGGACCUACAAAAUGGCCGCCCUUUGCGACGAGAGGUCCCCCAACUGGUUCAAGGUGGUGGUGGAGGUCAACGAGUGCCGGGAGGACAAGGUGGUGGCCCCCGUGGGCCUCUUCCUCUUCUUCCGAGAAGCCUUCAUCACCGUCAACAACCACCUGGAGGUGUGGGUGAACGGUCUCUUCACCCCCCUCCCGGCAACGGUCUCCAAAGCCAUCUCCUUGAGCGCGGGGGCGGCUGGGGAGAACGUCACCAUCUCCCACCACACCACGGGGAUGGAGGUCCUCUUCAGCCCCGGCGGGGAGGUGACAGUGACGGUGGGGGCCACCUUGGCCAACCAGCUCUGCGCCCCCUGCGGCAACUUCAACGGGGAGGCCGAUGACGACCUCAAGUUGCCCAACGGCCGGGCCGUGAGGACCAUCGCCGAGGUGGUGGACGCCUGGAAAGCCAGGGAUUUCUCGGGAUGCCACGUCUCCGGCCUGGCCCGGAUGGAAGCGGAGGCCCCCGUCUACCCCUUGAAGUAGGGGGACACCCCGACGCCGGAGGAGACCUUUCCACCCCCAAAAAUUCCUGAGUUUCUUGUAAAUAGUCCCUCCCCCCCAACAUGGCGGAAGGAUUUGGAUUUUGGCAUCUUCGGGUUGAGGUUCUUCAAGAGGAGGAGGAGAAGAAGAAGAAGAACCAGCCUCGAGGGACGUCGGCGGCGGCAGCAGCGCGUCACGUGGCCUCCAAUUCCUGCCAAAAAAAGGCCCCCCAGCCCAAAAUUAUCUCAUUUUUCAUCAAAUCAGCGAGGAAAUUAAAAAAAAAAGGGGGUUGUUUUAACAACUGGAUCUACUUUGGGUGGAGCCCAAGGCCAUUGUGACCCGUCUUCACCCAAACAACCCCAAGGAAAAUCAAACCCAUAAAAAUUUCAGUCAUCAGACCCAAAUUCCACCCUUUUUGCCCCAAAAAUCCACUCUUCCCGUCGACUUUUUGCAAUAUAACGCCGCCUGCCGUUGAGAAAAACAAUAAAAACCCUUUUUCCAGGUUU